AUGUCAGCAGCAAUUUCCCGUCGAGGAAUUGAAACUCGAGCCCGAUAUGUGAGCUACGAUGUUGCCUGCCACAGGUUCCAUCAUCUGACAGAUAUAAUUCACAGGACAGCAGCCGUCUACGGUGGAAGCCUGGAGAAGCCUACUCCCCUGUCUACGAAUGUCAUUGAUCCAUGUUGGCAGAUGGAUGAUCACGAUCUUGCCACGGUCAGUAUGGUGAACAUGCGCAAUAAGAUCACCGAGCGGGAUGAAAUCCUUCGCCUGAUGUAUGGACGUCUGACGCCUGGGGGGGCGGUGACGGUUCGCGAGUUCGUUUGGAUCCCUCCAUCCGAGGUCCCGUCCGAUCGCCCGGACUCCAAACCCGCUGGGAAACUUUUGUCCCACAUGGACGCUCAAGGCGAGGCAAAGGACUUGCCCUUGUUGGCUUACCCGGACAUAUGGAGGGAGCUGAAGAAUGCUGGGUUCACCGGUCUCCAGGAAAAUAUGUUGGGCCCAUACCCAGUCGAGGGACUUAUUGAGAAGAUUGAGGGCAUUGUGAAGGAGCAGAUAGAUUGGGAGGUUUUGCCCUUCUCUGACUCUAGAUAUGAGAUUCUGAGCCGAGUUGAGAACGACUUGAAACGGACUAAGCUGUUUAUAUGA